UUAGCGGGAAUUCGUGCAGGUUCCGGCAUUAGUUGCAUUUCGCACACAUCAUACAGGCGGCUCGGAGGCUGUCAUUGCUCAUUGCCAGUUCAAAAUCAAACAAAUCGAAGACAUUUGCACCCCGUCGCAGGGUGUGCUCUUUUGAUUUUGCAAUUUCAUCGUCUUGGCACUGUUAUGGAUCCGCCACUGCAACCCUCAAAGCUGGAAGAGCCAGAGCAAGAGGCCUUAGAGGCCCCAGAGCAAAAAAUGGUUCAAGAUGAAUCUAAACCUAUCUUACAUUCAGCAAUAGCUAGUAUCAAGAUGAAAGAAAAAGCGCAAGCUCAACGCAAUCGGAAGUCUUUGGAAGUGCUGAUCAAAACGGGCGCCAUGCAGGAACACAAUGCACAGCUCACCGCAGAAAUUGCUGCCAAAGAGGAAAAGCUGAAUGAACUGACAAAUCAGAUUGCCAUGAAGUCACUUGAGAUGAAAAUGAGGGAAUUUGGGAAAAAAUGUGUGAUUGAAGCUCGAAAGCUUUACUGGAAACUGGAGGAAGAACAUCUCAAUAAUUCAUACAAAUUCUAUGAGGACAAUUGGGAAAAACAAAGGGCUGAGAUUCAGGCAAUCUACGACCAAGCCGCUGAAGUGCGUGCGGAAAAAGUCAGUGAGGAUCGCAAGAAAAAUAUCUUUGAAUUUGUCAGCUUUGACUGGGACAGUAUUGAGCCAAAGAGUUCCGCAGCAGAACCUGUAACUGAACCCUUUGAGCUUGUGGAAAUCAAUUCGGAUGACUUUGAUUCUCAGAAAACUGUUCAAUUCUCGCCAAACACUGAAAAAUACUUCACCAAACAGAGUGACUUUGCCAAUUCAGGUGCUUCAAAGUUUGAUAAAACUGGACAAUACAACUGGGAUUUUGAGGAAAAUACUAGCCACUGGACUUCAUAUGCAAAGCCGCCGUUGGGAAGUCGCGCAAAAGGAUUCUCCAAUUUUCAAGGCGGUUACGUAGACAAAAGACAGGCCUCUGAAUUCACCAAUAGACAACCCACUUUAGGAGGCGGAAUUUCCAGCCAGCAAAAGGCGACGCUCCAACAGCGAGGUGCCGCUCCCACCGAGAGAUCAAGUUUUCUGCCGACAACAAGCCAAGCCUCAGGAUAUAACCAGAAACCAGUGACGUCACGAUGGGUCACCUCGCAGUUUAGCGUGGACGCAGCAGCUUCCAGUUCGGGCGCAUCACAGGCCGCCCAGAAAUCAAAAUUGAGCAACGUAGAUUACAAUUAUGAUGAUGGCGGCUUCCUCGACUGGGACGAUUGGGACGACUAUGAUUUUGAUGAAUUAGAGGCAAAUUUGAAAACCGACCAAAGCUCAAUCCAAAUAGCAGCUCCACCUGAGAAGAAACAGAAGCCGAAGAUGACUUUCAAGCCAAAAGUGCCCACUUUGAAGAACACUAAAUAGCAGUGUUAUCUCUCUGUGUGGGAUACAUUCGAAUUAUUAUUAUUUUUAUAGAAUAAGGAAAAACUCAGUAUCUAAAGUAUCUUUAAUGUUGAGGAUAAAUGAUGCAGGACAAAAGUUACUACUUUAUCUCAGUUAGAAAAUAACUUGUUUUGCAGAUUAUUCUAAUGAGUAUUUUUAGUUGGAUGUGAGCUGCAGUAAAAACAAACUGCGCAAUACAUACUUGAGAAAUUUCUUGACAUACAUUGAUAUCCAUGCAAAAGAGUCGACUGGGCUUUGGAUAUGCACAUCUCCAGCUGCAUAGUUAUCACAGUCAUAAAAAUAUCAAUUAUAAAUGAGAUUUUGAAUUCAUUGUUCGGCGCAAAAACGCUAUGUUUUCAGGAAAUGCUAUGGUUACUGGUGCUAUAAAUUAAUCUAAUCAUUAAUA